AUGGGCUUAUCAACUAUCUUCAGGAAGGCAAAGCCGGCCGUACAGUUAGAGCAUCGUUCCCNNCCCGAGGAAAAGGCUUUGUCUAACUCUCCUCCCGAUNAUCUGGACCAGCAGAACAUCAAUAACGCAUACGCGUCUGGCAUGAAAGAGGACCUGAAUCUCUACGGAAAUGAGCUCAACUAUUUCCAAACAUACUUCAACAUCGCGUACUGCCUCAUGCUCAUCCCCUCGCAAGCGAUCAUGACCUACGUUCGGCCCAGCUACUGGCUCACUGGCUUGGAGAUUACGUGGGGUGUCAUCACAGGUCUGAUGGCGUUAGCAAAGAAUGCAAAGCAGGUCUAUGUCUUGCGAGUCUUUCUUGGACUGUGUGAAUCCAGUGCUUGGCCUGGUAUGAUGACUUUGCUUAUGCAUUGGUAUACGCCCAUGGAGCUCGCGAAGAGAAUGGGUUUCUAUCAGUCUUGCCAGACGUUGGGAUACAUGAUGUCUGGUGCGCUGCAAGCUGCCAUUAUUGCCACGCUUGAGGGCAAAGGGCUUUCUGGCUGGCGAUGGUUGUUUGUGAUCAUAGUCUGGGGUAUCUUGGGCUUCUUCAUGCUUCCAGACGUACCAAACGAUCCUAACCCCAGGGCCUUCUGGUUCAAGAAAGUAGAUGCCGAACUUGCCAUGGAACGUCUCGCCCGUCAUGGUAGAGCAGAGCCCAAGAAGCUGUCAUGGGCAGGUACCAAGCGUGCUUUCUCUGGCUGGACAUUGUACUUCAUCGCAGCGCUUUACAUUGCAACUGUUCAUGCUCAAGGAGGCUACUCGUACUUCAACUUGUUCCUAAAGGCUCUCACUAACCCAGAUGGAUCGAAGCGCUGGUAUGUUGAUCAUGUCUCUCGAAUCGCUGGAUUAGCACUGACAUCUCUUAAAGGUCUACCGAAGNCCAUCAAUGUCAUCCCCAUCGCAGGUGGCGGCAUUGCCGUAGCAUUUGUCUGGAUUUGGGCCAUUCUCUCCGACACACUCCGCACGCGCUGGACUCUCAUCGUUGUACAAGCCCUCAUUGGUAUGAUACCAGCAAUCAUCAUGACCCUCUGGACAAGUAACCCUUCCAGCAUACCCGUCUCCGCAGCCUAUGCCAGUUACUUCAUCUCCUAUCUAUCACUCGGAACAGCACCGUUAAUUUUCUCCUGGCUCUCCGAACUGAUACCCCAAGACCCCGAAGCCCGAUCUCUUAUCGUCGGUACCAGUGUCGCUGGCUAUUAUGCCGUUUCGGCAUGGUCUGGAAUAUUAAUCUGGCCCGCCAAAGAAGCACCUUACUAUAGAUGUGGAUGGCAGACUGCUUUGAGUUUGUGGCUCGUGGUUAUCUGCAUGACCUGUGUGCUGAGAUUCGUGGAUGUCAGAUAUCUAAUGCCGAAGAGGAAGUUGUUUGUUGAGACUUUGCAUGGUGACGCAGUGCAGGAGGUUGAAACAGCUUCCGAGCAUGGAGACGCGGAUAGCUUAAAGGGCAAGGAUGUCGAUGUUGCGGUCAACAGAGUCUAA